AUGAUUUCACAUCCUUUUCCUGAAAGAGUCCUAUAAACACCUUUACACUAAUUACCUUAUAUUGUGAGUUAAAUCAAUAGUCAAAUUCAUAAAACAUCACAUGAUAUGACUAAAUAUUUAGAAGAGAAUAUUAAUGUUUGUAUGGAGUAACAUAAUAAGAAAAUUCAACUUCGUAAAUAGAUCAAUAACACUAAUGAAUAAUAUAAAAUAUUAGAAAAUAUUGGAGUAUAAUUAUAGAUGGCUAUUACUAAUUUAAAAGGAGAAUCCAUUGAAUAAGAAAAUUAAUAUUAAGAUAAUGAAGAAAAGAUUAUGAAUGCCAUAAAAAAUUAAAACUAUGAUGAAAUGAUAAAAUUGUUUCAAACAAUCAAAGAUGAAGUACUUUUAAUAAAAUCUGCUAAAAUUGCUGCAAAUUUAUUAUCAACUCCAACAAAAAAUUUAAAGAAUAAAAUUAAAUCAUUUCUUGAGUUGAUUGCAAAUCAUCAACUUAUACCUUAAAAUCAAAAAGAUGAAAUUAUUGAGAUUUGUGUUAAGAUUUGCAUUUAAAAAUGCUUUAAAAUGUAUUUUCAAUAAAAUGUAUGGAAUACCAAUAAAAACUAAGCAACUUAUUAUUCAGAUAUCAUAUAACUUUAUUAGAAAAGGUAUUUAUAAAUUAAUUAUGAUCUAGUUUUAAUUGUACUUUUAAACUUUUAUCAGUGUUUAAUUUACCUAAUUAUCAUUAAGCACAUAUUGCUAAUAACAUUUUUCAAAAAUUUAAUUAAAAUGUCUUAAAUCAUUUGGUUACUCAUGAUAAUAAAGAAAAAUCAAUAUCAGUGAUUUUAAACUUUAAAGAAGUGUAACAAAAUAACUUAUUCUAUCAUUUAACCAAUAUUUAUUGUAAAAAUCACUUAAUUCCCAUUAUGAAAUAAGAAUUACAAAAAAAGACUCUAUUACUCAUAAUUAGAUAUCUUUAAGUUAAAUAAGAUUAAUAAUUAUUAAUGGUUCUUAAUAAAAAAGAUUAACAAUAGCUAUUAGAAUGGUGUAAAUAGAAUAAACAAAUAAAUUAUAAUUUUAAUUUAUAUUAAGCCCUAUUUGAUAGUGAAAUGUAAUUAUAAGUAGAUCUUCUUAUUUGA